AUGGUUCUCUACUCGGGUGUCGUAGAUCCAUUCCUGGCAGCAGCAGCAGCCAUCUUCCUCGGCAUCAUCGUCACAGUUCUGAGGUCGAAGAGACAACAAAUCCCGCCCGGAACGAUCCUCCCGCCGGGGCCGAAAACGAAGCCCCUCAUUGGCAAUCUCCUUUCCAUCCCGCCGGUUCACUCAUGGCUCGCCUUUCACGAACUCAUCAAGGAGCACGGUCCCAUCGUCAGACUCUCAAUCCCGGGCCAAGAGCACGUCCUCCUCGGAACCGAGACUGCCGCCAACGACCUCCUCCGCCAGCGCGGCAACACCUAUAGUGACCGCCACCAUGCUCCCGCCUCAUCGCAUCUGCUUACUGACGACCAUAUGCUGUUGUUGCUUCCAUACGACGAGCGAUGGCGCAAGUAUCGAAAGUUUCUGCACCAGGUGACCAUGUCGCCUGUCGCACCGCAUUAUGAGACUGAGCAGAGGAUCGAGGCCGUACGGUUAUUGCGCGAUUUGAUCCGCGACCCCCACGACUACGAAGCCCUCUUUGAGCGUUUUAGCGUCGGUAUAGGCAUGAGGUUAAUCUACGGCUUGCGCCUCGAGAGCGGGCAUGAUCGCGACGCCAGGAUGAUUCUGGAUAUUGUUCACGAACUCGAGCGCGCCGGCUCCCCCGGCGCGUAUUUGGUCGACCUUUUCCCGUCACUAAUGUAUAUCCCAGAGUGGCUAGCACCUUGGAAAAAGUACCUUCGGGCACGGAGGCGACGCGACGAAGACUUUUUCCAGGAGCUCAUUGAUCGGAGCAAGGCCCCUUCCUGGGCUCGGGUUUGGAUGGACACCAAAGAGCAAUGGGGACUCACGCGACGUGAAGCCAACUGGAUGCUUGGGUCCGUCUUUCAGGCCGCCGCGACAACAUCAGGCUCUGCUCUCGCGUCAUUCGUGCUUUGCAUGAUGCGGAAUCCCGGUUGGUUCGAGAAGCUGCAGAAAGAAGUCGACUCGGCCGUUGGGUCUGAUAGAUUGCCGACUUUCACCGAUAUCCCUCAACUCCCUCUUGUCAGAGCAUGUGUCAAGGAGACUUUGAGGUACUACCCAAUCACUGCAGGCGGAUUUCCUCAUCGCCUGACGGAGGACGACACAUACAACGGGUAUUUCCUCAAGAAGGGUACCGUGGUGCACGCAGUGCAGUGGGCCAUCCAGCGGGACCCGGAGCUCUACCCGGAUCCCGAAACUUUCAAUCCAGACCGCUGGCUGCAUCCAUCAUUUCCCACUUACAAAGAGCCUCUUACGGUCUAUCCAAAUUUGCAGAACUUCUCUGCCUUUGGCCACGGUCGACGUAUAUGCCAGGGAAUUAAUAUUGCCGAGAGGAGUCUAAACCUCAAGAUUGCGUUGCUGGCUUGGGGGUGUAACAUUAAUAGGGCCAAGGAUGGCGACGGCAAUGAGAUCAUACCGCCUCUUUAUAACUUUGUUGAAGGGUUCAACGUCCAGCCUAAGAAAUUCGAUUUUGAUCUCAAGCCAAGAAGUCUGGAGCGGGCGGAGUUGAUAGAGAAGGCUUAUGAGCAAUCACUAAAGGAAGACCCCCUGCUUCGGUAG